AAAUAUUGCAAAGUAUGGCACGUGUCCAGAGCCUAACAACCGAAGACUACAGACAAAACUUAGAAAAUGGCUUCAUUCAAAUGGUUAACUAUGAGGAAGAAUUCAACUCGCAAGUUUCUCAGUUCGUACGAGACGUUGGACUCUAUAACGCUGACUUGGACUAUCACGUUGUGGCAGUAAUGGGGUGUCAGUCAAGUGGCAAGUCAACCCUUUUGAACUUACUUUUUGGAACCCAGUUUCGAACUAUGGACGCAAAUACAGGAAGGUACCAAGUGACUCAAGGAAUUUGGUUGAGUAAAGAUAAGGACUUUCCUAUAUUGGUUCUCGAUUUGGAAGGAACAGAUAGCAGAGAAAGAGGAGAAGAAGCAGCAAGUUUUGAAAGAAAAUCAACUUUGUUUGCUUUGGCUGUUGCUGACGUGCUUAUUGUCAACAUGUGGGCACAAGACGUUGGUCGUUAUGUGGCUGCCAACCUUGCACUUUUGAGAACAGUGUUGGAGUUGAACUUGCAGCUUUUUCAAAAUGACAGAGAGCAUCGCAAGACCAAAUUGUUAUUUGUAUUGAGAGACCACGUGGAGACUUCUUUGGACUUGUUAGCCAAGACUAUUCGAACGGAUCUUGAGGAGACCUGGAAAAACUUGCAAAAGCCUUCUCAGUUUGAAAACUCUACGGUAGAAAAUUUUUUUGAGCUGAAGUUUGUUUCGUUACCUCAUAUGGUCUUGAAAACUGAGGAGUUCAAAGCCGCUGUGACGAACUUGAGAAAUCAGUUUCAUAUAAAGGGAAACUCUCCGGACUCUAUGUUUCCAGAAAGUUAUAGAAGAUUGGUUGCCGCGGAUGGUUUUACGACUUAUGCCAAUAAUAUAUGGGAAACUAUUCGCUCCAACAAAGAAGUUGACAUUCCGUCACAGAGGGAAAUGUUGGCAACCGUUCGUUGUGAAGAAAUUGCCGAAGAAGUUUAUUUGAAUAUUCAUCAUAAGUUUCAAAAUUGGAAUGAGACUUUCGAUAUGUUAAAACGAAACUCUAAAGGAAACUUUGAGGACUUGUAUGAAAAGCUGAUCGAUGACCUUGGAGAUCAAAUUUGGCAAAUUAUGAUGGAAGCCAUAGAAGCGUACAACAAUGGCACAAAGCGAUAUAUCUCUAGUGUUUCAGAAGCCAAAAAAGUCAAAUUGCAAGAACGUAUAGAAGCAGAAGGAAAGGAAUUGUUUCUCCGACAGCUUUCGUUGGUUGAAGAGCACGGUUUGCUGUUUCUAGAGAAAGAAUUGGAACAUUUAGCUUCUAGAACUAAACCUUGGAUAGAUUUCCAAACUCAAGUUUGCCAUUUAUUAGAAAAGUUUUGGAAAACUUUUAGAAAUAUUGCCAGCUGUUCUUUAGGAGAGGCCAAACUCCUUUUUAAGGAAGUGAUACAAAGCAAAGAAGAAGAGUUUGAGCAACGAGAGCAGAAAAUGGUGGAAAGAUUCCGUCGUAGUGUAGUAGAUAAGACGAUUCAAGUAUGUGUAGAGAAGACAGGUUCACAGUUUCGAAAUUUGUUUAUAACAACUUUGGAGAAUAAUCCACAGGAUAUUUGGUUAUCAUUGAAUAGACCUCUUAGUUCUAUAAUUUCAGAGUCAUUGAAGGAACUUGCGAUAUGCCUAAAUGAAAUUUGUUUGGAUGAAGAUCGUAGAAUGUCGAUUUUAAAAAAUGUUCUGACAAGGUUCGAAGAGGAAAUUGAGCUGAGAGUAAAAGAUUUGUUGUCCUCCAACUCAGUCACAAUGUCAUACCUUUACCGUAAGUUUGACAACUGCUUUCGUAAGGACAGUAGAGGCGUUCCGCGUGUCUGGAAGCCCGGAGAUGACUUGGACUCCUUAUAUUUGGAUGCCAAACGGGAGACCCAAUCAUUAUUGAUUACUUUAUCAGAAGCGAAGUUAACUAUUUCACUUGAGAAUUUACGGAAUGAAGUUGCUAUUGAAAAUCUUUCAGACUUGAUGCAUGACUCUGAAAUUGUUUUUGAAAUUUUUUCCGUGGAAAGGAGAAAUACAUUGGAAGAAAAGUUGGAAGACUAUGCAAAACUUGCGUAUACAGAAGCCAAACGUUCACAAGAGACGAUUCAUACUCGUUCCCAGAUUCCAAGUUGGCUAUAUAUUGCUCUCUUUGUACUGGGUUUCAAUGAAAUGAAGAUGGUGUUACGAAAUCCUUUGUUAUUAUUAUCCGUUUUGCUUAUUCUUCCUGUGCUUUAUGUUCUUGUGCAAGCGAAUUUACAUAGCAUGUUGUUUUCAAUGGUGCUUUCCAAGAUGGAGCAAUAUUUACCCGUACUUCAAGGAAGGAUGCAUUCAGUUACGUCCACGGAAACCAUAUCUAGUGGAGUAAACUUGCAGUCUUCUUUUGAUUCACCUAUUCCUAAUCGAGUUACUGGGAACGGAACAGCGAAAACAACUGGUAUCCGACUAAGAAAGCCUAACCAUUUUUCCCAGGAAACAGUUAGCAGACGAAGAAGAAACAGUGCUGGAAGUGAAUAAACUUCUUUCAUUACCUAAUAAAACGAACCGGGGUUCA